AUGUCUAACCAAAGACUAUCUGUGCUUUCUCCCCUCCUGUUCUUCUGCUUCUUCAGAGAGAGUUUCUCCAUUUGUGAUGGAACAACGUGGACGAAGGUCGGAUGGGAGAUUUUCCCAGAGGAAGUGCACUACCUGAAGGUUAAGGUCCCCCCAUCCCACUGCCUACCUUAUCCUCUGGACAAGCUCUGCUGCAACUUUGCUAACAUGGACCUAUUACAGAGUUCCUUACACCUCACUUAUAUCUUAGUACAAGCUCUCUUCUUAAUCCUGUUUGUUUUAUCUGUGCAUUACCUAUGGAUGAAAUGGACAAGACACCAAAAAAAGCUGAAAAAGCAAGCCUCUCUAGAGAAACAUGCUAACGACCACGAACUGACCCCAUCCAUCUACGACAUUGAACAAAUACUCUGCAGACUACUGGCCACCACGUCAAUGAUGACCAAGUUCCUGAAGCAGGUGUCUCAUCAUUCUUCUCUUAAGAAAGCUAAGCAACAACGUAAAUUAAGGAGGAAGAAGAGUAAAGGAGGAGAGGAGCAAAAGAACACUGCUAGCCCUAAGCACCUGCAAACGUAG